GGGUGUAGCAGUCAUUUUCUUCAAUUCACUGCAGAACUAUCGAAAGUUCAAUGUACUUAAAUGGAGAGCAUAAAAGAAUUUCUGCUGCCCAAAAGAUUCAGCGCGUAUGGAUACAUCGUUGCUGUAUUCAAUGCCUUAGCUGGAGCUAUAGUUGUCGGCUUCCUUCUCGAAAUUGCAAAACUCGAAGGACGACGCUUUCAUUGUGACAAUCACGGUAUUUCCUCUGAGAAGGACUUCGUGAAGACGAAGUGCAUUAACCAGUACAGUCAAAAAUACAAUGCUUUAUUACCGCUGUAUGGCUUUGCAUUGAUGAGCUUUGGUAGUUUAGUUGUUGUUUGUAUUGUUUAUUCUUGGUGUUGUGUGAAAUCACGAGUGGAACAAAUCGAACAAGAAUGCACACCAAAUCGAGACAACCUUCGACCUACUCCAACCAGCAGUCGUUAUAUUUUCAAACGUUAUUUGCUCCAGUUACUUGUACGCUUUGUAUUUGGUGUCUUCUUUGCAUUAUUGCAGUUAACAGAACUUUACGCUUCGAAAUUUCCUCCGGAAUUUCAGUGCAGAUGGAAUUCAAAACAGUCAAGCGUUGCUGACUUGAAAUAUUCAAAUUCAUCGUCACUUAUAAUAACCUGCCAAAACUCUGUGGCCCAAGAGAAAACUGUUUGGGCAAUGGUAGUUUGGAUUAUGAAUAUAUUAUUUGCAUGUCUUGUGCUAUUUGAAGCGUUGUACCUUCUGGCAAGAGCUGCUCAUAACAAGACCUUUAUGACUGACACUGAAUUUUGUCAAAUACAUAUUUUCAACAAAAGACUUUCUGCACCACAUGGUGGAAAUCAGACUAAUGUUUUUUUAUCGCAACUUGACAGUUUGCAGGAGGAGUAUCUUGAACCUCUAAUACCCUCAAUUCCAUGGAAAGAUGACAAUCGGAGAGCAAUGGACGAUGUUUAUGUUGAUCUUGUUCUACAUCCUAGUUGGGUCACGCAUCACUUCGACAUGAGUAAGAAGAGACAUGAGCUCUUAGACGUCCAUCUCAAAACUCCUGAGGAUUCAACUCCAAUAAGUGAUUUAAAUGAGCUUUUCACUUCAGAAAGCCAAUGUAAUAUCAACAUCCUUGUCAUUGGUCGUCCUGGUAUCGGGAAGACGUCAUUGUGCUCGAAAAUCAUUCGCGAUUGGUGCAAAGGAAAAAUUAAUCGAUUUAAAUAUGUUUUCCUAUUUCGCUUUAGGAAUUUGAGUGCACAGGAUUUCAACAAAAUAUCUUUUGAGCAAUUUCUCAAUGAAGCGGAAAACUCCAUGAAUACAGACCCCGAUAUUUUAAAAGAUAUUCAUGACAAUCCUCAAUUGAUUUUGUUUAUCUUUGAUGGUUUAGACGAAUAUAAGCAUCGUGAAAAGCUGAUGAAAGACCAGCCCGAAUUCAGCAAGAUGAAUAAAUUGGGCGAUGAAAUGCCUGCAACUGUUCUUUAUGCAAAACUUUUGCAAAAGAAGCUGCUUCCUGGAGCCACAGUUUUGACAACCUCACGACCAAAUGCUUUAGACAGUCCGAUAAUCUUCGAGAAAUUGCAAUUUAAACGAGUUGUUGAAAUUUUGGGUUUUACUCCAGAAAAAGUCAAAUCAUACAUUCACAAGUUUUGUAAAGAAGAUGCAACAACAGAAAGCAAGAUUUGCCAUCACAUAGAAAGCAAUGUCAACCUAUUGUAUCUGUGUUACAUUCCAGUCAAUUGCUGGAUUGUCUGUUCCUUGUUAUACAAUUUCAUUAAAAGAAAUAACAGCAGGUCAAAUAACUURGUUCUACCCAYCACUCUCACUGAUAUUUACAAUGGAGCARUAAGGCACUUUUUGUUCAAGCAMAGUCCAGACUACAAACAACAAACAUUUCUCCCYGACUAUACGAAUGAYUCAUUUCCACCUGAAAUUGAGAAAAAACUGUCCAAACUAGGAAAACUAGCGAGAAAAGGACUUGAAGAGAAACGAUUGGUUUUUGAGAAAGAAGAGGUUCAAGGAUUGGAAAACUGUGGUUUACUCAACUGCAUGCAAAGUAAAGAGAAUCCUGCAUUAGGAUUUGCUCGGGCAUCGCAGUAUUGUUUUAUUCAUUUGACCCUUCAAGAGUUUCUUGCUGCCAGAGAAAUUACAAAGACAAAUGACCUCCAUAAAGUUAUUCAGCUUAUUAGGAAUAAAGCGAAAGAUGCUAACUGGCAUCUUGUAAUACAAUUUGUAGCAGGGUUGUUGCAAAAACGUUUUUUUGAAGUCUCCACUUACUUUGAAGACAUACUUUGCGAUUCUUCAGCAAUCUAUGAUAAACAUUUAACAUUACUUAUGUUCAAAUGCAUUUAUGAGCUAAACAAUGAAGAGGCUGCUGUAAGAGCUGCGUCAAAACUUGAAUCUCUUGAGAGAUUCAGUGGGUGUAUAGAUUUGUCUUUCUGCAAUGUCACACCUCCUGAUUGUGCAGCUGUCAUCUUUGUUUUAAGGCACUGUGUGACCCGUUUAGACUCACUUACAAUUUCUUCUAAUAACAAUUUUGGUGAUUAUGGUUGCUCAGAACUUACCAAGAUUUUCUCCAGUGAAGUAAGUAAUAAAAACGAAUUUGAUGCUGAAAACUGUCAUCUCACUCUAUUGAACUUGAGUGGGAAUCAAAUAACUGAUCAAGGUGUAUUACACCUGAGUGAUGCACUCAAAAGUGAAAACUGCCAUCUCACUCAUUUGAACUUGAUCAGGAAUCAAAUAACUGAUCAAGGUGUAUUACACCUGAGUGAUGCACUCAAAAGUGAAAACUGCCAUCUCACUCAUUUGAACUUGAUCAGGAAUCAAAUAACUGAUCAAGGUGUAUUACACCUGAGUGAUGCACUCAAAAGUGAAAACUGCCAUCUCACUCAUUUGAACUUGAUCAGGAAUCAAAUAACUGAUCAAGGUGUAUUACACCUGAGUGAUGCACUCAAAAGUGAAAACUGCCAUCUCACCCAGUUGAACUUGUCCUCAAAUGGAAUAACUGGUCAAGGUGUAUUACACCUGAGUGAUGCACUGAAAAGUGAAAACUGUCAUCUCACCCAGUUGAACUUGUUCAGGAAUGGAAUAAGUGAUCAAGGCGUAUUACACCUGAGUGAUGCACUCAAAAGUAAAAACUGCCAUCUCACCCAGUUGGACUUGUCCAUUAAUGAAAUAGCGGAUCAAGGUGCAUUACACCUGAGUAAUGCACUCAAAAGUGAAAACUGUCAUCUCACCCAGUUGAACUUGUCCAUUAAUGAAAUAACUGAUCAAGGUGUAUUACACCUGAGUGAUGCACUCAAAAGUGAAAACUGCCAUCUCACCCAGUUGAACUUGUCCUCAAAUGGAAUAACUGGUCAAGGUGUAUUACACCUGAGUGAUGCACUGAAAAGUGAAAACUGUCAUCUCACCCAGUUGAACUUGUUCAGGAAUGGAAUAAGUGAUCAAGGCGUAUUACACCUGAGUGAUGCACUCAAAAGUAAAAACUGCCAUCUCACCCAGUUGGACUUGUCCAUUAAUGAAAUAGCGGAUCAAGGUGCAUUACACCUGAGUAAUGCACUCAAAAGUGAAAACUGUCAUCUCACCCAGUUGAACUUGUCCAUUAAUGAAAUAGCGGAUCAAGGUGUAUUACACCUGAGUGAUGCACUCAAAAGUAAAAACUGCCAUCUCACCCAGUUGGCCUUGCCCGGUAAUAAAAUAACUGAUCAAAGUGCAUUACACCUGAGUGAUGCACUCAGAAACAAAAACUGCCAUCUCACCCAGUUGAACUUGACCGGGAAUCAAAUAGCUGAUCAAGGUGUACUACACCUGUGUGAUGCACUCAAAAGUGAAAACUGUCAUCUCACCCAGUUGAACUUGUCCACGAAUCAAAUAACUGAUCAAGGCGUAUUACACCUGAGUGAUGCACUCAAAAGUGAAAACUGUCAUCUCACCCAGUUGAACUUGUCCACGAAUCAAAUAACUGACCAAGGCGUAUUACACCUGAGUGAUGUACUCAAAAGUGAAAACUGUCAUCUCACCCAGUUGUACUUGACCACGAAUCAAAUAACUGAUCAAGAUGUAUUACACCUGAGUGAUGCACUCAAAAGUGAAAACUGUCAUCUCACCCAGUUGAACUUGUCCACGAAUCAAAUAACUGAUCAAGGUGUAUUACACCUGAGUGAUGCACUCAAAAGUGAAAACUGUCAUCUUACCCAGUUGGACUUGGAGAAUAAUAAAAUAACUGAUCAAGGUGUAUUACACCUGAGUGAUGCACUGAAAAGUGAAAACUGCCAUCUCACCCAGUUGAACUUGACCAUGAAUCAAAUAACUGAUCCAGGUGUAUUAAACCAAUUGAUGCACUCAAAUGUGAAAACUGCCAUCUGUGCGAGUUACAAUGAGUUACAAUGAAAAAACUACUAGGUGUUUUAAUUACCCAAA